GACAGAUCAGAUAGGUCGCCAUUUUGUUAGCUGUUUCUUUUCAGUAGAAAUUCUUAGAAUUUUCACGUGUUUGAGUUUGUUUAAAGGUUAUAUGUGUUAGCAAAAAUGUCUAAAAGAAGAAUUGAAGUUAUGGACCCUUUCAUUAAGAGGAAGAGGGAAGAAAAGGCUGCAGCAGCAGCGAAAGCAGGCACUACAAGUGAAUCAUCAGAUACAGCGAGCACCACGAUGGCGGUACCACAAGCUACUACCAGUACGCCAGGAAUAAAUCCAUAUACAGGACUGCCACAUUCCCAGCGAUACCACGAGUUGCUUCGACGUCGACUCGGACUUCCUGUAUGGGAAUAUAAAAACGACUUCAUGAGAUUGUUGAAUACUCAUCAGUGUGUAGUAUUGGUUGGUGAGACAGGGUCUGGAAAGACAACUCAGAUACCUCAGUGGUCGGUGGAAUUUGCUGCAGUAACAGCAGGGAAGUCAACAGGAGUUGCUUGUACGCAGCCAAGAAGAGUAGCAGCUAUGUCAGUGGCACAGAGAGUUGCGGAGGAGAUGGAUGUAGCGCUGGGCCAACAAGUCGGCUAUAGCAUUCGUUUUGAAGACUGUUCCGGUCCUCAAACAGUCUUGAAAUAUAUGACAGAUGGUAUGUUGCUUAGAGAAGCAAUGUCAGACCCAAUGCUCGAACAGUAUAGAGUAAUUUUACUUGACGAAGCUCAUGAAAGGACUCUUGCAACGGAUAUCCUGAUGGGUGUAUUGAAGGAAGUGAUUAAACAGAGAUCGGAUUUGAAAUUAGUUAUCAUGUCUGCGACAUUAGAUGCUGGUAAAUUCCAGCAGUACUUUGAUAACGCACCGUUGAUGAAUGUACCAGGUCGAACGCAUCCUGUAGAAAUAUUCUACACGCCUCAACCUGAACGAGAUUAUUUAGAAGCGGCUAUACGGACAGUCAUACAAAUACAUUUGUGUGAAGAGAUUGCUGGUGAUAUUUUGCUGUUUUUAACCGGUCAAGAAGAGAUUGAGGACGCAUGUAAACGGAUAAAACGAGAGAUUGACAACUUAGGUCCGGAUGCUGGUGAAUUGAAGUGCAUUCCGCUGUACUCUACAUUGCCACCUAACUUGCAGCAAAGGAUUUUUGAACCGGCUCCUCCUAAUCGACCUAAUGGAGCGAUAGGGCGUAAAGUAGUCGUCUCAACUAAUAUAGCUGAAACUUCAUUAACUAUAGACGGUGUAGUGUUUGUGAUAGAUCCAGGUUUUGCAAAGCAGAAGGUAUACAAUCCUCGUAUCAGAGUGGAAUCUUUGCUGGUCUCACCGAUCAGUAAGGCAUCAGCUCAGCAGAGGGCAGGUCGUGCGGGACGUACGAGACCGGGGAAGUGUUUCAGGCUUUAUACGGAGAAAGCUUACAAGAAUGAAAUGCAAGAUAAUACUUAUCCGGAGAUUCUGAGAUCAAAUUUAGGAUCUGUAGUUUUGCAGCUGAAGAAGCUGGGUAUCGACGAUCUCGUGCACUUUGACUUCAUGGACCCGCCCGCUCCAGAGACCCUGAUGCGUGCACUGGAAUUAUUGAACUAUCUCGCUGCACUCGAUGAUGACGGCAACUUGACAGAUCUGGGUGCUGUGAUGGCGGAGUUCCCUCUGGACCCUCAGCUGGCUAAGAUGCUCAUCGCCAGCUGCAAUCACAACUGCUCCAAUGAGAUACUAUCCAUCACCGCUAUGCUGUCUGUGCCGCAAUGUUUUGUUCGACCUAACGAGGCUCGGAAGGCGGCUGAUGAGGCGAAGAUGCGUUUUGCUCAUAUUGACGGAGAUCAUCUCACAUUGCUCAAUGUCUACCACGCGUUUAAACAGAACAUGGAGGAUCCCCACUGGUGUUAUGACAACUUCAUCAACUACCGUUCUCUAAAGUCUGGUGAUAAUGUGCGGCAGCAGCUCAGCAGGAUCAUGGACAGAUUUAAUUUAAAACGGACAAGCACAGAGUUUACAAGCAAAGAUUACUAUAUCAAUAUAAGAAAAGCGCUCGUCAAUGGAUUCUUUAUGCAGGUGGCACAUUUGGAACGCACCGGUCAUUAUCUGACUGUAAAAGAUAACCAAGUGGUACAGCUUCAUCCGUCCACAUGUCUAGAUCAUAAACCAGAUUGGGUUAUAUAUAAUGAAUUUGUACUCACAACAAAGAAUUAUAUACGUACAGUGACAGAUAUUAAACCGGAGUGGUUACUCAAAAUAGCACCGCAGUAUUAUGAGUUGAAUAAUUUUCCACAAUGCGAGGCUCGUCGUCAGCUCGAGCUCCUGCAGGCCAGGCUCGACUCCAAGGCCUACCAGGAGGGCUUCUAGACCUAGGUCUAGAACCUAGGACCUGUACAAGUGCGGAAGUGAAGUGAACUAGUGCAGUGAUAUCUAAAAAUGAGUGUAAAGUCGAAAAUAUUGAAAUAGUGUCAGUGCAAAUUGAAAAUAACUCACGCUUAUAACCUAGAAGGGUGGGCAGAGACUGGAUUUUGGCGUAUUCCUAGCACAUCUAAAAACGAAUUAAAAAUACACUUUCCAUAUAGGUUUUUUUACAUCUGACAUCUAACUAAAGCAUGUAAGGUAAAGAAAAUUUUAGCUAUUUAGUGUUCUCGGAAUAUCCUUACAAAGUUGUCACAAUUUUUAAAAAUAAAACACAAACAGACAAAUGUACAUUAAUAUAUAAAUUAAUGAAUUC